AGCUGCGCUACGACCGAGGAGGCACCUGCGUCCGCUGCCGCAGCUCAGGGGCCAGUGAGGUCCACGGAGGCGGGGUCCUUGGGGCGCAGAGCUAGGGGGCCUUGGCAGCUGGCCACUUCGAUGCUUUCUGGAGAUUAACCAUUGGCAGCUGAAGGAGCCCCAGGGCUUCUGUGUGGCCCAGUCCUGCCUGUGGAGUGGCUAAGCUUAGGGGCCUAGGCAAGACUCCAGAGCUCCACCUCCAGCCCUCCCUGUGCCUGGUCACCCUGCCUAAGCACACACAGCCUAUGGGUCAGAGUCCUUUGUCAGUAGAAGCAGAGGUGUGGACACCGUACAUGGACCCAAGUUUCCUCACCAUGGGUAUGUGGUCCAUCGGUGUGGGAGCUGUGGGGGCCGCCGCGUUGGCACUGCUCCUGGCCAACACAGACAUGUUUCUGUCUAAGCCCCGGAAAGCAGCACUGGAUUAUUUGGAAGACAUAGACCUGAAAACCCUGGAGAAAGAACCAAGGACAUUCAAAGCGAAGGAGCUGUGGGAGAAGAACGGGGCUGUGAUCAUGGCUGUCCGCAGGCCAGGCUGCUUCCUCUGCAGAGCGGAAGCAGCAGACCUGAUGUCCUUGAAGCCCAAGUUGGACGAGCUAGGUGUCCCUCUCUAUGCAGUGGUGAAGGAGCAGGUGAAGAGAGAAGUGGAGGAUUUCCAGCCUUACUUCAAAGGGGAAAUCUUCUUGGAUGAAAAGAAAAAAUUCUAUGGUCCAGAGAGGCGGAAGAUGAUGUUCAUGGGCCUCAUCCGUUUGGGUGUGUGGUAUAACUCCUUCCGGGCCUGGAAUGGAGGUUUCUCUGGAAACCUAGAAGGCGAAGGCUUCAUCCUUGGAGGAGUUUUUGUGAUAGGAUCUGGAAAACAGGGUGUCCUUCUUGAGCACCGAGAGAAAGAAUUUGGAGACAGAGUGAGCCCAGUCUCUGUUCUGGAAGCUGUAAAGCAGAUCAAGCCACAGACUCCAGCCUCCGGGAGAAGCUGAGCUUGUUCAGCUGCUGGCUGGGCGAGAACGCACGGGGCCUGUGCUGUGUUCACCAGAUGAGCUGGGCUUUCCCUAUGGCCCCAAGAGCUAGAAGGCCCUUGCACCAUAUUUACUAAGAAUUGGUGAUGUAUUUUAAUAUUGUCUGUUUAGGUCCCAAAGCCUUUAACAUUCUGUUUAGGCCCAGUAGGGCAAACAGGUCCCAGACAGAACAGAGUUAAAUCUAACAAACCAGUGAGAGUUAUUUGAGGAAAGAUCUAGAAAAUGUAAGGUUUAACGUUUACUGCUACACCUCCUUUCAAAGCAAUAUGUCCCAAGUGCUGGUAUUUGAAGUGACGUUUACUCUCAUGCCUAAUUAAAAACAAAAAAAUACCCCUGAAAUCUGAGAAAAGUGAGGCUAAGAAACAGCUCAGUGGUAGAGCACUUACCUAACAUGCGCAUGGCCCUGAGUGGGAUACCCAGACAGAUGGACAGACAGACAGACAGACAGACACACACACACACACACACACACACACACACACACUUCUAAGAAAAGCUGAUGCUUGACUUGAUAAUUAGAGAAUAUAAGCCUUUUGUUUGGUGUGUUUUCUGUUAACAACUUGUUACUUACGGUCGGAGUACCACAUAAAGCAAUUGCUGUGCUGUGUUCUUGGGUAAAUUACAAAGGUAAAUUACAAAGUGAAGGUUCUGUGGUCUUCCCUUAUGGACUCAGAGAUUUGCUUCACUGGGAAAAGCUGUCAUUCCCUGGCUCUAAUAAAAAUAUGCAUCAGGAAUCACCUCUGUACACAA